GGUCUCCAAUUCGCAGCAACCUCCACGCGGUGAGACCUGGAAAAUCAUUAUUAUUUACUAUAUUAUUCAUAAUCGUAUCCUUGAUACAAUUAUAAAUUUUAUAGCGAAUAAUGUGAGCUAAUUGGCUGCGCACGCGAUUUCAAUGAUUAUUUUUUUAUUUUGUAAUUAUUAAGAUUUAUUAAUAAUUUAAAUUAUUAAUAAAUCUUUCAUUUUAACUUUUUAAUAUUAUGGUGUCUUCUGUUAGCUUUUUGCAAUUAUCAUUUGAAUUUUUAGUAUAUCGUGUAUUUAUAUAUAUUUCUUUUUCGAGAUAGGAAUUUAGUUUUUAUUUUAGCCUGUAGUAAAUUAUAUAGAAAUAGGGUUGUUUGAAGUCGGUAUUUCAGUGCGUUAGUCUCAUAGGGUAUCAUAUUUAUGUAGACUAUGAUGGUAACAUGUUAACGAUCAUAUCGACAUAUGAUAGGUAGUUAUCUGUAAAAUUUAUAUUUGAAUAAUAUAAAUUUUAACGUAAAAUUUUAUUAUUUUUUAAAUAAUUUUUACAGUUUUAUAUAUUUGUAAAUUUAUAUUAUAAUUGUAAUAAUCUUUUAAUUUUACUAAUUUCGCAAUUAAAAUAAAGUAUUUAUUUUUGAAGGGCUAGUGAUUAAUGUGUUAAAUAACGCAAUAUAUAAUGUUUAUUUUUUUUUUUUGUAAUAUUUUCAUUUUAGAAUUUUUAAUGAGCAGGACGCUAUUUUUCGAGUUCAAUUUAUAUUUUAUAUUUUCGAAAAUUUAUUUAUUCAAUAAUUUUUGUUUUAUUUUUAAUUAUUGUUUUUUUAUUUCAAUUUAUAUCUAAUAGAUGGCACCAUAAUGUUCUAUUCAUUGUUAUAUGAAUUGAAACAUGCAUCGAUUUAGUAUAUUUGUAAUUAAAAAUUAAUCAAUUCAUUUAGAAACGAUAUAAAUAUUUUUUAUGAUUGAACAUUUACUAAAGAAAAAUAUCAGUCAUAAUGUAAUCAGCGUAUAGUUAGACAUAGUCAUAGAAGUCACUAAAUCUUUUUUUCCUUUUUUUACGUAACACUUUACAAUGUAUCAAUUGAUCAAUCAAGAAACUGCUGAUUAGUGUAAACGUUAUUCAACAUUUUCGAUGACUCGCAAAUCACUUGGUUGAUAAAUACGUCAGCUCGUAGAUGUCGCGUGGCUGUUUAAAAACCCAACUCGGGUAUCCACCAGGGAGAAAGAUCACGCAACCGAUAAAACUUGCGCUUAUGGUUACUAUUAAUUAAAUUUAUGAGUCAGUGAAAAACUAUCUGACUAAGUAGAAUAAAUUACCGAUAAUAUCUAAAGAAUUAAUUGAUCAACCAAGAAGGAGAACGUUCGAAUAUGCUAAUACACGUGGCUACUUAAUUAAACAGGCGCAUACGAACCAACCAACACGUUUACAAACUUUCUUACGUAAAAUUCAUUUUCAUAAAUGUUACGUGAUAUCAAAUGUUUUCUCAAACAAUUUUUUUUCCAGGAUUUCUAACCUUCGUUUUCUCAACAGAAGAAAAUUUGAGAAUGCAGAAAAAAAGAGAAAAAACAAAAAAAUUCGAACGAAAGACACGAAAGAAGAACGCAAAAAGGAUUAUCAAUUCGUCUCGUUGAAAAAUAUUUCGAUCGAUCGUGGCACAAACGGUCAAAUUUCUGUGCAAUCGUUCCGAUUCGCACGCGUAUAGGAUACGCGUGUGGUGGAUUCAAGGCGGAGCACCGGUAGUAUAUCGUUAUAUCGGUGCGGUGUAUAUAUCGGAUUAUUCGCUAUGCUAGUGGACGUGUCAUGUGCGCGCGGCGUAAAGUGAGCAGCUUGGCACUUGCAGUUGCAGCCUUUAGGUUUGAAUAAGGGGAGGAGCCUUGCUGCAUUUCCAACGCAAUUAUCCCCAUUCUACCACGGCUUCCAUUCCUGUUUCAUAUCCUCUGUCUCCCUCCAUCGAGUGCACACAAUGCGCCGCCAUCUUGGUCGCGUGCAUUCCUCCGUUUUCUCGAUUUUUUUCCCUCCUGUUUCUGGCUACUUCUCUUUUCUUCUCUCUUUUUUUUUUCUUCUUCUUUUGCUCUCCUCCCGCAGACCAGUCCCAGUCCGACGGGAACCCGUCGGAUUCGUCGGUUGCAACCCAUUCGCAAAUUGUAUCCGCUUCUUCGUUGAAUUUCUAUGAUCACGGAGGUGUCGCUCGAACUUGGUCGCACUUGCAGAUUGGCUUUCGUUUCCAGUUCCGCUCGUAUUAUUCUUCACGAUCGUUUCUUUUUGACUGGUUUAUCCGUGUUUGAAUUGGGAAGAGAUUUAGAUCGUAUUGAUCCAUCGAUGGAUGAAUUCACUGAAUCCCUGAGAACCGUGAAUUACGAGGAAUUAGAAAAUUUAUCGCCUCUACGUUCUCGAAAUCUUCUUUAAACGAUAUGUUAAAUUCGUAUAACUUGAGAUGUAAUAGCGUCUCAAUGAUAAUUCCAUAAUUUAGAUUUCGUAUAGCGGUACGAAAGAGGAAAAAUUUCGUUCGUUGUAAAUAGGAUUUUACGUAGAGCGAACGAUGAUAUCGUGACUAAAUUCGUUUUCCACGAGUAGUUAUUUCUCAAGGAGUUAAUAAACGAAUUAAAUUAGCUUUACGUAACCGUUCGCUCGUUCGAUAAUAAUUACGUGUCUUUCAAAACACGUGACAGAUAAAAAAUUAUCUUCUCUUCGUACAUAUCGAUCUGAUUUACCGAAAACUUACCAUUAGUGACGACUGUCUCAAUCAAAUUUGUUGAUCGAUUUAAAAAAUUUAUCGAGAGAUUAAAAAAUAUCUCUGAAUAAGAUUUAGAAACAACGAGGAGACGAACGAAAGAAGAUUUGUCAAAAAGAGGACGAGACCUAACCGUGGUUAGCGAAAUUCCGUGCCGUCAUCGAUCAUUAGAUGGAUUUCCCGUUACGAGACCGUAUUUCAGCAGGGUAAUAAACAGCAAACAGUGUCUCGUUAUAUAUCCACGGAUUCCGUGAGCGCAAUUUCCGUGCAAUGGACAACCGUAGCGAGAGAGGACAGACGCCACUAUUACGCAGUAUAGAUACGUGACGUUCGAGUGUGAUAAUUCUUUCUUCUUUUUUAUUUUCCCUCUCUCUCUCUCUCUCCUAUCUUUUACUUUUUUUUUUGUUUUCGUAUUUUACAACAGACCGUGUACAUUGUUCGUGGGAAUACGCAGUUGUUACGUUAUUGAUACACACUCCCUCUCCCGCUCUUCUCUCUCGCUCUCUUGCAUUUUGUUUCUGUCUCUGAAAGUAAAAUUAACUGGGUUGACGUUUAUCGAUAGCAAGGGAUCAACCGUGGCUUGCCGCGUGCAUUAUUAAACGCUGUUAACUUUAUACACUUGUGACAUACGUGCACCGUUCAUUAUCACGAUUUAAGCACGUCCGUUAUCGUGCAAUUGCAUUGACGUUGGGAACACACGUGAAAUCGUUUCGUUGAAACCAGCGCGGUUUAGACACUGCAGUUUUCUAAUCUUGAUCCCUGGAAAUACACCUAUGUUUCCUAUUUUUCUCUCUCUCUCUCUCCCCGCUUGCACCCUCCACCCCUUCCCUCUUUCCGUUUCAAAGUUGCCGAUCUCUUUUUUUAUUUCUUCCUGUAUGAAGAUCGUUCGGCGAGAUAAAAGUAACCGGAGAGGAAGAAAGGAAUGGAACGGUGGUUGCGUGAAACUCGAUGGAUCACGCGCGUCUCUGCUUGGAAAAUUCGAUCUUUCGUCGGAAAAAAAGGAGAUUAAAGAAGUUUUUGAAUCGGUGUACUAGUUUUUCCUUCUCUCUCGAGGAAUAAGGAGGAAUACAAGUAUCGGACCGCAAACCUUUCUAUGUUUGUGCCCACCAUAAUUUAUCGGAUUUUUAGUUUUCACAAUUAUAUUUAGAAUCGAGGAUGGGAUCUUGUUUUAAAGUAUCUUUCAAAAAUUCUAUUAACAAUAAUUUUUCUUUCUUUUUUUUGUUAUUAUGUUAUAUACUUCAAUACAAAAGAACACUCGAAUUCUUUUAUUAAAGUAUAAUAUAUUACACAACAUAACGACUCGCUUCUUUAUAUCAUAUUGAUAGAAAUAAUAAUAUCCAAGUUGUCGAAUAUUGUUGGUAUAUAAAAUCACUUAUCUUCGAACGGUUUUACGUGAUAUCGUCCAUUUUCGUACAUGCAAUCUUAAUAGACAAGUACGCUUCGACAGCCCCGAUUGUUCGUAAGAUCUACUUUGCUUCGUUGCUCUUGGUUUAUUCCAUCGGAUCCCCAUGUAAUUUGUCGCGCGUCUUGUUCCUAUAGUGAAUUUAAUAAACAGAAAAAUGGAAGCGCAUCGGUUUAUCAAAGGAUUUUACCACUCUCGCGGUGGUGGGCGAUAAUGAGGCUCGCGUGUGGAAUAACGUUCGUUUCGAAAGAGAGGCAAAGAAAGCGGAUAGGUUCGAGUAAUUUUCGAAUAAUUGGCCUGUCCAAGCCGGGUCUAGGAGGGCCGGAUCCCUUCGAUGAACCAGAGUAAACGUACUUCUUCUGGGUAGCGUGAUAGCCCUCGCUGCUACCGACAUCCCCGAGGAACAACAAUUUUCGAUGGCGGCCGAUGAUUUCGAGCGGCGGCCAACGAUGAUCUUUUAUUCAUUUAGAAAUCGGUCUGGAGUUGCGCGCGUUUGGAAAAAAUUCGGAAGCGGAGGGGCCGCCGACGCUAUGGCGACCACGAAAUGGAGUAUUUUUUAAAAAAAAAAUAAGAAUUGAACUUUCUUCGGGCGCAAGCGCGAAUUGUGAAGGAUAUUUUUGAAGAUUCCUGUAAAUCUUUACGUGAAAAAUAUUUUUAUAGGAAGGAAAAAGUGAAGAGGAACGGGAAGUAUUCGAUAAUCUUGGAAUCAAAGAAUUUUAGCAAUUUCGAGACCCUCAGAUUGCUCGAGUAACAGUGUUUUGUGUUCUGAGGAAUAUUUCAAAGAAGUUUGUUUCUGUAUAUGAAUUUUUUUUAGAAGAAGAAGAAGAAGAGCGAUGAGAAGUAUUGGAUAAUAUUGGCUGAGUCCAGGAAUCUCGAUUACAUCUUGAGAUUGCUCAAGUUCGUGUUCUGAAAAAUGUUUCAACUUUGUUUCUGUAUAUGAAUUUUUUUUAGAAGAAGAAGAAGAAGAGUAAUGAGAAGUAUUGGAUAAUAUUGGAUAAUAUUGGCUGAAUUUUUUUUAGAAGAAGAAGAAGAAGAAAUAUAAGAAAUGUUCGAUAAUUUAAUAUCCUAGCUAAGUUCUUCUGAGAUUCUGAGAUUUAAGUUUCGAAAUGAAAAUUUAUGCGAAAGAAGGAAAGAAACGAAAAGUCUGGGUUCUGAGAUCGUUCGAGCUUCGAGGUACGAAGUUUCUUGAUCAGGCUUCCUUUGAAGAGAUUAAAGAAGCAGGUGGCACUUCGUUUCUCAGAUUUGUCACAGGGUUAAUUUAGAUCCGUUGUACAGUCUCGGUUAGCCAUGGGCUAUGUAUAACAAUUACAAGUUAGUGAAUUGUUUGAGAACUAGGGCAGCGUGACAUCCGUGACACUAUUCAUUAAACGUUGCAACGUUCUCCAGACUAUUAAAAGAACAUGAUCGUUGAUAAUUACUGGAUUAAUCAUGAUUAUUAACGCGUGCAUGUAGGUGCAUAUGGUUGCUUGUUUCACGGGAAAUCUUAUGUAACUUUUUCGUUUCUUUUUUUCUUCUUCUUCCUCUUCUUCUCGUUCGUAUUUCUUUUCGUCUCGCAGACAAUGAACCGGCAACUUUCUCGUUACGUCGAAUCGGAAGCAAGCAUCAUGCAGCCUGUGUUUCUGUGUCCUAACAAGUGUUUGCAACGUGAAACUCUGUGUUAUUUUCGCUUUUUCAAACAAUUAUGCUUAAUAACGUCCUUCUGUAUUUUUCUAUUCCUUUGCUCGAUUUGUUCAUUUCAUAAGAAAAACUUAAAAAUCUCGUUAUCCUUCAAAGAAUAAACAUUUCCUAUAUUAACCGUCCGCUUUAAACCGUUCUCUCACCAUUUUAACUCACCCUGAACUUAACUCGAUGCAAACGCCGGCCGAACAACGUAUCGCAACGUACAAUGAAUUUCCUACUUGGAAAUGUCGACAUCCCGGCCGGAAGCUAGAUAAUGGCGAAAACAAGGGAAGCGCGGAUCCUCCUUUCGAGAAGAAAGAAGAAAGAAGAAAGAAGAAAGAAGAAAGAAGAAAGAAGAAAGAAUCGGCAUGGAAUCGUCGUCGAAGAGAUGGCCUUGAGACCGCUUAACUCACGGCUCCUUUCAUCCCAGCCUCGUAACUCGGCAUUUCCAGCUCAAUUUACUCAUUAUCGCACCUCCGCUCUGAAAUUCCUCUCCUCCUCCCCUCCGCCUCUUAUUCAUCCGGUCUGUUGAAUCGCCAGCUCGCGGCGGCCAUUACACUGUUUCUUCCUCGAGAUAUCUGACGAGAUAUCUUCGAAUCUUUCGUGAUCUACCGUGUACGGUGCAAGUCGAGGGAUGCACGAGAGCCGAUCAUUCUUCUCUUGGAUCAAUUAUGCGAGCCCCAUUCGACUCUUGGUAAUAUUCACCGUUAUUAAGUAUCUCUUUCAUUGGAAUAAAAGAUGGAUGAGAAGUUUGGACGAGGAUUCGUGGACCAAAGGAAAAAGAAGAAUCUUUGAAUGUUGGACGUUGAAAGAGUUUGAUGGAAAAUUAAAGAAAAAUUUAUCUCCAAGGUCGAAAAUUGGAAGUAUAUGGGCAUGAGUUGGAAUCAAAUUUCAGAAGAAUACAGGUUUUGGUAUAUAUUGUUAUUUCCAUACUAAACGGAUAAUGUUUUAACCGUAAUAUGAUUAUUCGUUUGAAACUUGACUAACGAGAAAAAGGAUGUGAUAUUCACUCGCGCAUUUGUAUGAUCUUUUCGACGAAUUUUUCGUUUAAUUUGUUUAGAAUAAUGAAAUAGAUAAUUCGUAAUUCGGUCUAGAUAUCAGAAAAAAUUGCAACAAUCAAUUCUAAACUUACUUUGAAACGAUAUAAAUUUCGAAAACUUUUUAAUGUCUAUCAAGAAACGGGUGAUACGAUAUAACGAAGUUUUCAAGUUUUUGACGAAUCGAUUUUUAUCCCGCACGUUACACGAGAUUUUCACGAGAGAGGUCGAUGAAAAAAAGUAGUAAAAUUAUCGAAUGAAGAAAAAAUGCAAGACGUUGAAGGGAAUCUCACGACCCAUGCGGUCAGCUUUGGCGCAAUUAUAGGCAUCCCGUGUACAAGGAGAGGAAGUUUGUAUCGGGUUCGAUCGGGGCCAAAUUAGCCUGGACGUUGAAAGUGAUUUCCUUGUCAGGGUUGAGAGAAGACGACGGGUCAGACGAAAAUCUGGGGCCCCUAAUAAACGCCGGAGGCUUGUGCACAGUACACACAAAACCGAGCAACAAGCGGUCGCCGGUUCUUUAUUGGCCUCGCACAAAACUCGCUCGAGAUUCUCUGGAAGGAGAGAAAGCAGCGGCAUAACUAAGCUCACCGUCCUCUGCCCGCUUUUAUAUCAUGAAAUUGGCCUGUUAAAGCGUUACUACGAAUCCGUCCUACCGUUCCGUCCACGUCGUUUACCAUUCCGUGGAACCACGAGUCAAUCUUAUUAAUGAUCCAGGUCAGACGGUUUCCUCUCCGCCUGGACGAAAUCUAAUUGAACCAGAGUGGACAUCGAUCCAGAGUGCUUGCAAGAGUGUGAUGAACCCAGUUGAUGUUUAUAACUGUAAUAUUCUUAUCCGAAUUUUCUGCUCAACUUCUUCGAUUAUUAUUCUUCGCCGAUAGAGAAGAAAGAAUUAUUCGAAUUUCGAAGUUUGAGAAAUGUAGACGCGAUAUAUAAGAAUAUAUUAUACAUUCCAUCGUGGGAUUUUUCCUAUUUUGGUUAUUUUUCGUGGAUGGAGAGAAUAUAUUUGCAAUCUCUGUUCGCGAUGAAAAAUUGAAGAGACAUGUGGAGAAAUUUGGCGAACGAAAGGUCGGAUUAAUUAAUUAAUUCAUUGCUAAAAUCGAGAAAUGUAUCGUGUGUUAGAUAUGCGCACGAAUAAAUGGACAAUUUUGCUCGUGUUUCUUGUCGGAAGUUCGGAAUAUCGCAAUUUUGAAAUCGAGUAGCAGGUGGAAAAAUAAUUUCAAGUUGGCUGGCCGAUCGGUAUGUCGGCAGAGGAGAGGAAAAGGAACCUGGUUCGCGAGAACUGUUGCGUCAAGAACGUACGCUUUAAUUAUUGCAAGCAGUGGAGCGCGAUGCAGACGCGGCCAUCUUGUUCGUGCCUCGACGCCAUGGCAAACUCUGCCGAUUUUUUUUUCCCCUCCCCCCAGAAUAAUUUCUUAUUUCUCAAUCUCCUUCUUCUAGAUUUAUACCCAUGUUUCAGUGGAGAAAAUCCGGUGCAAUUAAUAAUCGUACGUUGAUCUAUCUUAACUUACGUAAAAAGAAAAUAGAAGGAAAAGAAAAAUGCUCGAUUCUACACGAACGAAUAUAAAACGCUUUUUUAUCCCGUGGAAUAUAAAAGGGACGAAAUUAAACAAACUGUAAAAUUUUUUAUUAAUUCGUACGAUUCGUAGGAUCAAAAGAAGAGGGGAAACAAUCUCGUUUCUUCGUUCAUAUCGCGCAGCUUCGAGAUUCGUCACGAUCUCUCGAGAUCUUCGCGCGGAGACAGAAAGAUUUGAUUGGAAAGAAAAGUUGGACGAAUCGAGUCUCGUUUCUGAGAGGAAAACGCGAGGCGGGCGCGACGCCAGAAGCAUUGAAAUCCCUGUAUCGCGAUGGAAUCUCCGUGCUGGAAUGAUAAACAACAAUUAAAGGCGCGGCUUGUAUGAAAUAAAGUCUCGAUUAUCGGAAUUAUGCGCAUCGCGUGCAGGCCGCUUGGUGUUUCUUCUGUGGUGGUUUCUCUUCCGCGCUCGUGUAACCGCGGCCAACGCUACGAAACGGAAUUAAAAAGGAAGAAAAUAAGGCGGAAAAGAGGAGUACGAAGGGACGAAAAAAGGAUUGAAAAACAGCAGGCGGAAGAAAGAGGGAGAGGAAGAGACGGAAGCAAUGUUCGGUGAUUGUCGUUUAUUCUGCAUUUUUCUCGAAAAAUUUACUUUUUCUCUCUAUCGACGAAAAAUGUUACUUCGUUAACCAAUAAGAAAAGAAGUCGAGAGAAGAAGGCUUAGAAAUCACACGAAUAAUAUCGCCACCGCUCCUCCAACUGGAUCGAAAAAGACCGUGAAAUUUAACAGCAGAUUCCACGCGAAUGACAAAUAAUACACGCAAAGGCGGGAUACGUAGCCGAUGGUGUAAAAACGAGUCGAAACUUGGAAGCGUUCUCGAAAGAAAGGAGGAAUGCGGAGAGGAAAAGGAAGAAGGAGAUGGUAUAGAGAUCGAUCGGUCGAUCCUUAGGGACACAUCGGGAAAGACGUGUGCGUAAUCCCGUGAAAGGUAGCUUGAGAAAAGAAGGGGAGAGAGCGGCAGGGAGAGAGCUGGCAGGCAGACCGGCUGUCAAUCAACCGCGGGCUAGACUACCAAUUUCUUGGCUCAUAAUUUCUGAUAAUUUGUCGGAGGGCCGAGCGAACUGUGGCGGCGGCGGCGGCGGCUGCUGCUGGCUACCACCAACCCUUCCCCCAUCCCCGGGCGCGCCUCGCCCUCCGACCGCCACGAAAAUCAUCAUAAGAAGGUAAUUGCACCGAUCACGUGUGUACAAGCGGCUUGUAUUUAUCCUUGUUUCAUUAUAAUAACAAUGUAACCCGCUCUCUCCACGGCCAUCUCUCUCUCUCUCGAAACCCGGAGGGAUAAUAAUCGGUUCGACCACGGGGCUUCGAUCAUAUUUCUGCGGGGCAGGAUAACUUGCUCCUCGAGCAAUUAGAUAAACGUCUAUAAACGCGUGAUAUCUGCAAGAUAGGCCGGGGAUAUUCCUCUCGACUCUUCUUCUCCGUGUCGAGAGAGAGAGAGGUGGAGGUGUUUGAAACGUCAGAAUUUCCAAGGGAGUUCCAUUCGUUUUGACUGACGUGAAAGGUGUACGUACACAGAGGCGGCCUCGAGAUGGUUUGAAUCGCACGAACCGGCAAGAACAAAUUUUCCGAGAAAACUUAUCUUAUCAUUCGAUGCCACGUCCGAGGGAGUUUAGCAUGUUGAAUUCGCACGAGUUGUGAACGGUUUUCCGCGAACGGGUAGCCGAUAUUCGUGGAUUCAGUGGAAUAUAAAAUUGUUGGCUGCGACCGUUUCGAGGUUCAACGUACCCGAAACCGCGUAUUACUUGUCCCAAUGAUCGCAUGUCCGCAACAAGACCUGCCGCUAGCGAGCAUUGGCGUUAAUUCGAGGGGGAGGGGGUCCCGGGUUGGCGGUGGCACGGUUCAAUGUUUCGUUUGACAUGCCGCUUGCCUUUGACUCGACGGCGCGGCUCCCAACCAUCAAAACAAUAUCUCGUUGGUUCUUUUCUUCGUUUGAUAAAAAUAACCACCGCUAAUAACCACCGAUCCUAUCGUGCUAAUUAUCUUAAUUAAAAUGGAAAAGUGCGAGUGUUGAAUUUGUAGAGUGGCAGCAAUUACGCCGCCUAGGAGGGAAGCAACUUUAAUGAUACCCGUUCCCAUUGGUCGAUGCGAAUUCGACCGUCGUAACGAUGUUGUUUCUCGUUUCCUUCGAGUUUUUUUAAGAACGAUCGUGAACGCAAUUCCGAUUUGGAGAUCCGAGAUCGAAAAGAUCGAAGAUGCGUAAUGUCAAAGUUAAAUCAUUGUCCUACUCGGAGAAAUGAUCAUUUUAAAACACGCGAAACGAGAGUCGAAUGGGAAUAAUGAAGCAUCAUCUCGAAACAUAAGUGGAAACGUUACGAGUGGUCGUUCGAUUUUCGUGGAACUGGAUGCCUCCGGCGAUAUUUCCAUCGCGAGAAAAUCGUUCCAAGCGAUGUAACUGUUCGGAAUUCAAGCCGAGAAAUCCACAACGACUCGUGGUCGAAGAACAAAAAGAAUCGAAAACAUACGCGAUACUUGUUUUCCUUCAUCUUUUGCUCUAACAACUUAGAAGGCAUUCUCAAGAGAAACUUUUACUCUUCUACUUUUUAAAUGUGAAAAAGAAAAAGAAAUUGAAUAUAAAGGAUAAAGUAUAAGCUGUGCGCAUUUAGUGACGAGCAAAGAGGACAAUGAUAAUCUCGUACUCAAUGAUUUACGUUGUUUUCAACUCAAGUCUCUUAAAAGUCUCAUAUUCUCAAGAAAAACGUAUUCUUCUACUUUCUAAAUAUAAAAAAAACAAAAAUGGAAUACUAAAAAUAAACUGUGCACUUUGCGAGUGAAGAGGAGAGUGAAUGGUAAUCUUCUCAACGGCCAUACGUAACAAAAAGAAUCAAAAAACGUAUACGUUGUUUUCGUUCGUAUUGUUUGUUUCGACUCGAGUCUCUUAGAAGGCGCAUUCUCAAGAAAAACGUAUUCCUCUACUUUCCAAAUAAAAAGAAAAUGGAAUGAAAGAAUAAAGUACAAACUGUGCGCUUUGGAUUUGCGAGCGAAGAGGACGAUGGUAAUCUCGUGCUGACGGGGUGCGGCCACGUGAUAAGCCCUAUAGUUUCUCGGUUGUAUCGAGCCCGUUUUUACAGCAUUACGGUGGUUGACUACCCCUGACCGACCGUUGCAGAAGUAAUUAUUCAUAGCACGCAAUUACGCGAGCGGUGCGCGCGGCGUGUCGCUGGUAUCGCGGCAUCAAUUGCGCUGCUCGUGGCCCCUGAUUGCGGGUUUACGUCUCAAAACAAUGAUUUAUCUAAUUAAGCCUUGGUUUUGCAUUGUUAGCCAGCCUUUUGUUACACGGUGGCCCAUUAUCCCCGGUCGUCCAUUAUUUCCGAGGCACGGAAUAGCGACAGAUCGGCGAGUUUCGUGUUGCGCCGUGUUUCGAAAGGAACAAGAGACAGACGUGGUGCAACUUGUAAAAUCGAAGUGAAAUCGGAUGGAAAUUGGAAAGCGUAAGUUCGUUGGGAACGUGAUUCGCUCGAUUUUGCUAGAGAUUAAAUUAAAUUGGGGUUGCUUGCGUUCGAUAUCCGGUAUCGAGGAGCGACACUUCCGUUCUCUACGUUCUAUCGGUUGGUAAUGCUGCAAUUACCGAGGGGGCGAGUGGUUGGUCGAGGUAACGGUAGAUGGCGCGAGGAUUCGGUUCGAGAGGAUCAUAAUAAGGCUUUGCUUUUUACUUUUAUCCAAUUUCUUUGGGAAAUUUUCCUAUGAAUGUUCGAGUUGCAUUGCGAGAUUGAAUUGGUUGAAAUGAUAGUUACAUUUUUGAAUUUACACGUUCUUAUUUCUUAUUUCUACUUUAACGUGGAAUAAAUACAGAUUUAUCGCAACGAAGUAACGUGUUAUACGUUAUUUCGUGUCUCUUCGUGUUUCUGAUAUAAUCGUUAUUAUUUCCAAUGAAUAUUUAAUUUCUUUACACUUAAUAUAUAUUAUUCUACGGUAUCUUUCAAUCUCGCGAAGAGAAAGAACUUUUAAAUGUUUCUUUCAUUAUAUCUCUUUCAACUUGGUUCAAGCUUUUUAAUAUAUUACAAAUUUUAAUUAUUCAUGGUAUUAUGAUAAAUUUCAUUAAAUUGCGGAAAUGUUUAUUGCGUUUUCAUCUCGUAUAGAUACUUUAUACUUUUAUAUGAUAUUUACUGUUGCGAUAGAAACAUGUUUUUAAACAUUUUUAAACAUUCAACGUAAUAGAAAUAUUUUAAAAUUUUAAAGUCACAUAAAUGUAAUAUUUCGCUGUAGUACUGUUUAAAAAUAUUACUUCGAUAUUAUUUUAUACCAUUGUAUCAGAUUGACAGAUAGAUGGACGAUUAUAUAUAUAAAAAUUGUAUUUGACGGAUAAGAUGAACGAAAUUAAAUAAUAUAGGAUGAAAAACUAUAAACGCGUGUUACAUAUGGGUUUUUUUCACACCUUCGAAAAGAGAAUGAGAAGAAUCACGAAAUCGGGAAUUAACAGAUAAUCUCAUUUGUAACGAGAGAGGAAAGUAAAAGUCAGAAUUCGAUUUCAUUCAAGAGGUAAACAAGGCUCGUGGCCGAAUUCGCGUGACCCAGACCGAUGAAACGAAACGAAUGGGUCGUAGUACGAUUCUGAGAGAAUUGGAUGCGCAACUGGACGUAUGAGGAACGAUAAUAAAAGAAAUAUCUAAUCCCAGUUUCAAUAAAUACCGUGGAAAUUUGGAAGAAACGAAACGAUUUUCUCGAAUAUUUUGAAGACCAACAAAAUGCUUGUAAACUUCUCGAAUGACGAAUUAUCUACAACUUGAAAUUCACAGAUCCAUGAUUUCUUCCAUGUUCAAUGGAUACUCACUUCUUCCGAAAAUUAUGCCAAGGAAUACCAUAAUUUCUAAUACUCGAAGAUCAAAAAGAUAUUUAUAAAUCUCCUUAAAUAUUUUUAAACUGGUGACGAAUAAUUAUAAAAGUUGUCGAAAGUCAAAAAGAUCUAGAAAUUGGAACAAUUUCCAGAAAAUUUUUAAAUAGACACGAUAGUACGAGAUAGUACGAGAUUGUAACUGUAGGGAAGUGUAAAAGGGAAGAAGAGCAUCGUUGAAUGGAAGGGAAUGAGAGAUAGCCGAGGAAGAACCGGCGCGUUUGUUGCGUGUAAAAGAGUUCUUUCAACGUCUGUAUCCGAAAUGCAUGCGUGAAAUGAGUUUUUAAUGCGAAUGGAAUUUUUCGUAAGAAAGUGCGUAAUACGUUGUUGAAAAACAAGAUCGCAGCCAGUGUCUGCAGCUAAAUAAAUAAAAUGGCUGUCAUUUCAUAAGUAUAAUUAUCAACAGCAAACAGAACGCUUCAAUGUUUUUUCUUCUCCUUCUUUUCUUUUUUUGCGGUAAGAAUAAACCGGUAUUUAUUAUAAUACGUUAAUGAAGAAUUUUUUUUAUAAAGAAAUAAAAAAAUAAUUUCUUAAAAUUAAAACUUUCACGAAUAUUUUUAUCUUCUUUAAUCAGACUAUAAAUAUUAUUAUUUAAACGCUGUUACCUGAACGCGAAUAGAAGUUUCCGAGGAAUAAUUCAUACAAGUGCAAAAAGAACGCGAGGCAAUUGCGAGCAAGAAACAAUUGCAGAGAAAAGCCUUGGGAAGUUAUAAUUAGUUCUACGUGUUUUUCAGAUAAUUGUAGCCAUGCAUUAUAGAAUAAGCAGCGCUGUGGAAGAAAAACCAUCCGAUACAUAGACAGAGAAAAGUUUAAAUUGAGGCAAACGUUAUUUUACGUAAUGCCGCGGACGACGAUGUUGAUCACUUAUCUCGAAUAAUCCUUCUCUUUCUCGCUGUCUUUUCUCUCCGUCGAGAGCUUCGAAGUCCCCAUGCAAAAAUUCUUUCCCUCCAAAUUGUAGCAAAUACCGCGUAUCGCGAUAAAACUCGCAUUUUAAAAAAGAAAAAAAGAAAGUAUUCCUUCCAAUUCUCUUCAGAUUCCUCGUUUCGUGCGAUCAAAAAUAUCGAAACAAGGUUCGCCACCCCUUACGAAUGACGAUCGAGACGACUACAUUUUGACGAUUCGUGCAGCUUGACGAAAUGUUGCAUCCUCGAAUAUUUUCUUUCCAACGGACGAUACGCGAAGGGAUGACCGGAUAUCGAGCGAUCCGAAGCGACAAUAUGGGAUGGAAUCGCAUGCCAUCCAGACGUUUCGAUCAAUUCGAGCAUUCUGUUUUCGUAGGUGAAAUUUCAUAUCAGUUGCCUCAAAAUGUGUGCUUGGACGAUCGCGACGGCGAUCGGUUUGAACGUCGUCUCGAUAUCGCCAACGUGCCUGUUCCACGCCUCGAAACGAUCCUGUGUGAUCGUGGAUAUAUCGAACGCGUUUCACGAUCUGAUUACACUCACGAAGAGAAUCCUUUUUUGAUAAGGAGCGUCGUGUUCACGUGGGUGGAGGUACGUGGAUGACGAUUGUAUCAAGCGCUGAAAGGAGAUUUCUAUCGAGGAUUGAGUUUGGAUCGUUUUAUAGUACGAUAGUUUUGUAUCGGAUAAUAUUAUGUGGAAAAUACACUCGUGAAAAAUGAUUUGAUCAGUCAAUUGAUAGAUGUACACGUUUCAAUUGUAUUUCAUGGAAGAUACAAUUAUAUUUUUCAUUCCGUCGGAUCAAUUUCGACGUCCAUGGCGACGUCACGGGGCACAGAAAAGAUUAUUAUACGACGCAUUCGUGAUCGUUUUUCUUCUAGAGGAACGCAAUGAUUUAAUUGUGAAAUUGUAAUAUCGACAAGAUCGAUCGAUAAAAUCGUACAGAUGCAUCGACGAGAUUUCACCAUUUUAUCGAAUAAUGCUCGAUGAACUUACUUUCAACUUACUCUGCCUCUUCUGUUCGUCAAAUUUAAAAAAAAAAAAAGAACGCGAUUAGAAAAAGGAAUUCGAAGAUCUACCGCUAUCUCUAUCCAAUGAGAUCUCAUCACGUUCGAGCUCUCCAAUUUAUCUCACUCUCCCUUAUCGAUCCUUAAAAAUGAAAAGAAAAAUUUGCCGACCGUCCACGAGAGAUUCUCUAGUCUCGUCAGCACUUCGAGUGCGUAUCGCGGAUGAAACGAAAGAAAAACAGGGGAGGGGAAGGGGCGAACGUCGAAGUUAACUUAAACAGAGUCCUCGUCGGAAAUAUUACAAACGACACAGAAUAGAUCCGAGCCGAACGAAAUUCCCAGCCUGGCGUCCUUGGGCGCGACAGAGAGCGGGCGCGUACGCGUAGGAGUGGCCCGUUGGUCGGACAAGGAAAGGGUGAUCACCGGCGGAAUAGGUGUAAUCGUUUAACGCGCGCGAUGGUAUCGUUGCGGCGCGGCGCGGGUUGGGCAGAAUAGCGCCAUGCUGGGCGCGCGAUUGGCCGGGGCGUCCUGGCGGUGGGCGUGGCCACGGGCGCGGGAGGGGAUCGCGAAAGCGACGGGGCGAUUUCAGGGGGUAGAAGGUGGCGGCCGGAGCGGGUAUCGCGUCGAGGUUACCUCCUCUUCCCGAUGAGGUAAGUUGUACCCACCACGAACCGCCGCCACCACCACCCGAUCCCCCGUUCCGAUCUAUGCCACGGUCUCCUGACUUAUGCUACGCCCGGCAGGGCAGCCAGUACACGAUACGCUCCUACCAGGCGAACACCGGGUUUCUCCGUGCUCGUUUACCUCUACCUCUGUCCUCUACCUCGCCACGGUUUUCGACGCGGAAAUCGUACGGGCGGCGGCCGCGAAUCCGCGUCUCUUUACGCGAGUCGCGUCACCGCGUGGAAAAAAGUGUCCGUUAAGGGGAGGGAAGGAGGGAGCUCGGUCCGGUCGUGGGUGGGGGGGGAUGUGGAGAGGACGAAGGGAGGGAGGGAAGUGUUGGCGGGUGAGAGAGGGAUGCGCGGUUCAGUUUCCGCGUGCACGUGACGUGAUCUGAUCGUCUGAAAACGUGGCUGGAAUAAUAUAUCGUGUCGGCGAUCGCGAACUGGCAAACCCAGCGACUUAUGGUGGUUGUGUAUACGUGCGCACACGGUUUUAUGCACACACGGUUUUAAAAGUUAGAAACUGAGGCCCUGUCACGUGAUCGCCUGUACGCGGCGAAUACCUUCUAAUUGGAAUACUACCGCGUUUUGAUUAAAGAGCGGUAGUGGUACACCCUACUGAGUGAGUGGCGAUAGCCGAGAGCUGAUAGCAGUGAGAAGCACGAGAGUACCAUUUUUUUUUCUCCUUUUCUUUUCCUUUUUUUUUUUCUUUCUUCGUUUUCGGUGAAUCGGAUGGAAGGGAAGGAUGAACGCGUCACAACGACGCUGUAGGGCCCGGGAGGACGGUUUCGCGCGAGUUUGGAUUCUCGAGUGCGAUCGGAGCGGGAUCGUGGUCCCGCGACGAAUCGGUGGACGUUCGCAGUGACGGUGGGUUGCAGUGACAGGACUCGUCGAUUGUUUUCCGCGUGAUGCGCGCGCCAAACGACAGUGGUCGACCGUGUCCGCGUCUCGAUUGAAAUCUCGUCCGAGUACGCACAGAUAUCGGUGGCGUACAGUGAACUCGAUAUAAAUGUGCGAGCGGCCGUGUCGCGCGAGAGUGGUGGUGGCCUUACCUGGGAAUUGGAAAGAUGAUUUUUCGUUUACACGCGAUCCGACGGGAUCCGACGUGUACGUGUCAACAAGAGUGGUAUCCUCGGUAGCCGGUAAUUGAUUGAAACGAGUCACGUUAUCGACGCUGCGCAACUGUGCUUCGAGUGAUCGACACCGACCAGCGGACAAUUUCGCGCCGCCGUCCGCCGUCCCACUGCCAUCGGUCGGCGAUUUUUAUUUUUUCCUCCGCUCGUUAUGUCGUCGAGAGUGCGAUAAUUGGAUCGAUGGUAAAUUCCGUUUGAGAGGAAGGGUGGCGGAGGAGGCCACGUAACAAUAUCUCAUCGAUACCGGUGUUAAUCGUCGAUAUAAUACGUUAUACGGGCGCGGGAAGAGGCAGAGAAGUGUCCGUUAUCAGUGGUACGUUGCCGCAACGGGAACAGCUGUCGCAGCUGCAUCGUUGUCCCGACGCCCAGCACCGGGAUCGAGAAUCGAAAGCUCGACGCCGGCAGCUGGCCGAGCCGCCAGUGACAGACAACGAUGACGUAGCGUCGGCAGAGGCAAAGGGCGUCACGGUCUGCACGGUGUACGCGCUGGACAGGACCGCCUCGGCGGGGCUGGGGGUGGUUGGGGGUGUUGUCGGUGUCGCUGGCGGUGGUGGAGCGGCAGGAGGAGGAGGAGGAGGGGGAGGAGGCGGAGGAGGUGGUGGAAGUGGCGGUGGUAGCGGGACAAGCAUCGGGGGUGAAGUGCAGGGGGUGGUCGCCGGGAUUUGUGGACCAGCGAGCGCGUCCCUUGCGGCGACGGAUUACGUGACGGCGGCAUGCUAUCCCCCGGGACCUCAGCUCACCCUGACCGCCUCUCACCCUCAGCCCCACGUCGUUGAUCCCGCGAUGACGCCCACCUCGGCGCCGGUACCGACCCCGACCACGGCGUCGGGACCCAACAACCCGGUCGCCAUGAGCCAACUGGGAACCGUCUAUGCCACCAAGAGGCGACGCCGGAACGGAAAAAGCUUGAAACCGCCGCAGAAGGAUGGGGUGACAAAAUCGAAUCCCAGCAAGCGACAUCGGGAGCGAUUGAACGCCGAGUUGGACACUUUGGCCUCGUUGCUCCCGUUCGAGCAAAAUAUCCUCAGCAAGCUGGACAGACUCAGCAUCCUCAGACUCAGCGUCAGCUACCUUCGGACGAAGAGCUAUUUUCAAGUGGUGAUGCACAAAGACAAGGAAGAAAAUUCGCACCACGAUUCUCACUAUCGGGCGAGGGAGUUGGCGGCGUUCGCCGCAUACGACCACCAUCAUCUCGACGGCGAAAUGUUCCUGCAGGCGCUGAACGGGUUCCUGCUUAUACUCACCUGCGACGGGGAAGUGUUCUUCGCCACCCACAGCAUAGAAAGUUACCUUGGUUUCCAUCAGUCCGACAUCGUUCAUCAAAGCGUAUACGAGCUGGUGCACAGCGAGGAUCGAGAGGAGUUGCAAAGGCAGCUUAUGUGGAACUCGUUUCUUCCCAGUGAAAGUGCAAGUUUGCCUUUGCACGACGCCCUUUCACCCCAACACAGUCACCUUUUGGAACGAAGCUUCACUGUCCGCUUCCGGUGUCUUCUGGACAACACGUCCGGUUUUUUGCGUUUGGACAUCAGGGGACGAGUGAAGAUACUCCACGGUCAAAACAGGAAAACGGAGGAGCCACCGUUGGCGCUGUUCGCCCUGUGCACACCGUUCGGCCCGCCCUCGUUGCUCGAGGUCCCGCAGAAGGACGUGAUGUUCAAGAGCAAGCACAAACUGGAUCUCGCGCUCGUGUCCAUGGACCAACGGGGGAAAAUGCUGUUGGGCUAUUCGGACGCUGAACUCGCGAACCUUGGCGGCUACGAUCUAGUCCAUUACGACGAUUUGGCAUACGUGGCGAGUGCCCACCAAGAACUGUUGAAGACGGGGGCCUCGGGGAUGAUAGCGUACAGAUUCCAAAAGAAAGAUGGCGGAUGGCAGUGGCUGCAGACCAGCUCCAGGCUAGUCUACAAGAACUCGAAACCCGACUUCGUAAUCAGCACGCAUCGUCCCCUCAUGGAGGAAGAGGGCAGAGAUCUCCUCGGCAAACGAACGAUGGACUUCAAGGUUAGUUAUCUGGACGCCGGUCUCACCAACAGUUACUUCUCGGACAGCGACAGCCUCACCGGUUCGGUGAUGACUCCGACCCUCCCCAGCCAACCCACGUCCCAGAGAGUGAACAGGCGGUACAAAACCCAACUGAGAGACUUCCUGUCCACCUGUCGGAACAAACGUACCAAACUAUCCGCGCAGUCCUCCGUCUCCCCGCCCGCCACACCCACCGUCGCAUCCGUGGACUACCUCGCGGCCGAUACCAGCGCCGCCGCCGCGGUCGCGGCGGCAUACAGCAACCUGAACACGAUGUAUCCGACCGCUUACGCGCCCACGGCUGUAGCCGCGACCACGGAUCCCUCCCUGACCACGUACAUCGGCCACACGGGCAACUAUCAUCAGACCUUGUACCCUGCAACCGCGUUGGACAACAGAUACCUGACCGCAGCCACGGAGAACCUGUUCCAGUACAGGCCCCUGGGCACCUACUACCCCGAGUACCACACGAGCACAGCGUACAACGGUUUCAUCGACGUGCCCCUGCCUACGUACGAGACCCACCAACUGGCCAGCAAAGCGGAGGAGAAGCUCUACUGCCAGCAAUUGGGCGAGUCGCCCAAGUACAGCUACGUGGAGGCGAGACACCCGAGCAGCGUGAGCGGCUCUCCCUACGCGUCGAGCCCCGUGGCCGCGACCGCCUCGACCGCCAUGCAGCAGCAGCAGCAGCAACAACAGCAGCAGCAGCACACCGCCGACAUCGGGAUCGUUCGAGCUGGCAGCAGACACUCCCUCGAGGGUGGGGCAGGCUCGUCGAGCAAUUCCGCUGGAAGCUCGCCGGUGACUGGGGCCACGAACGGCGUGCUCACGCCGAAAAUAGAGGACGUGAAGCCGGAAGUGUACGGGAGCGAGGCGCCCCGGCAAACGGUGCUCAUGUGGGGGGCGCCACCCGCGCGCACGCCGCCCAGGAACAACGGCAGCUACAGCCCACCCACCCCUCACUCCACUCACUCGUCCACCCACUCGACCAACGCCACGGGGGCCGGGGGGGAUCCCCUCAAGUCGUUGGCGGAAAUGAAUUCGAUGAACGGGGAGUGCAAAUGGCGGCAGGCGUCGCCCGGCGAGCAACAGGGCGCGGCGCCCAGCUCGCCCAGGGCCAAGGCGCAGCCGCAGCAGCAGCACCAGCAGCAGCAACAGCAACAACACCAUCAGCAGCAGCAGCAACACCAACAGUAUCCGGUGACCACGUCUCAGUAUCAAGCGGCGGCGGCUGCAGCGGCCGCGGCCGCGGCCGCGGCGGCCAGCACUAUCGGAUACGCGCACUCGCAUCCAGGCCACGGCCACGGGGAUACGGGCUCCGAGGUAUGGCAAGGAGUGCAACACCACCACCACUACCAGUACUAUCCUUACCACCAUCACCACCCCGCACCACCAAGGCACGCGCCCCACACGCCCCCGUCAGCUGUGGGAACAACGGGGACAGGAGUCGGCAUGGGCAUCGGGCAGGACAGCAGCACCAGCAACAGCAACGUCUUGUACCACCCUCCGCACCACCACCACCACCCUCAGCACCAACACGCGGUGGGAUCAUCAGCGGCGGGAAUGGGCCCAACUGUCCCUCAGAUUCCAAACCGGACACCGGGAGUCCUUUGCUGUCCAUCUCUGAGGUGACUAACACCCUGCUCAACCAAUAGCCUCCUCGUCACCUCGGCAUCGCUCCGUUUCAGUGAUCAAGGUAUCUCUCAGGAGAUGGUUUCACCGAGGCGAAUCACAAAACGCGUGACUGUACCAUACAGAUAAUACCGGUCAAAAAAGCCUGUCAAACAGUGUUUCCCCGCUAACGUAACGUAACAUGCUCGUUACAGUUUGCCGCUACGUUAAGUUUUCACGAGGGAGGGGUUAGAUCAUAGAAUCAUCGUCGUGAAGGAUUUCGAGUGGAUCCCGUCGAGUCGUGAAAUCGCGCGAAAGACGAUGAUUACAGGGAUAUGCAUUUCCCUAUGUGCGCUGCAUUCGAAACGAGCGAGGCAACCGGUGGAGAUCGGUGGAGGAUCCACGACCGUCUCGAACCGUUCGCGUGGCGAGUUUUCCGUCGAUGGAGAAUGAUUAAUAGAGAAUUUCUUCGAGCCGAGCGAUCGUGUGAUAUGUAAUUUAAAAGGUACGUUCGUAAUUGUCAUAUCGAUAUCGGGCUCGGGUUCGUGAAUGAACGAUAAAUGUGGAGCGUGGCUAGAGAUCGUUUCCUCGGUCGCGACCGAUUUUUAACGUAACGUAACUUCCUGCUGUAAUUACCGGCAUGCGGAAGAAAAAAAGCGGUCCCCUCCUUUCCUUCCACCGUGACAAAUUUUUCUCAGAGAAUUCCGAAUCCAGUUCCUUGCUCCGGGUGAACGGCGAUAGCCACGCUUCUUAACCUUCGUAGAGAUUUGCGUAGAUCGUAUUUCGUCGAGGAGCACAAAAAUAUAUGAAAAUCCGCCUCGAUCGGGCUACGUAAAAAAGGAGAAACGCAACAUUUAAACGCGGAAUUUAGUUUUUUUAAUUAGGCCUAAUAUCGUGCGACCGUGCCGUUACGCACUGUCGUUGCUUUGUUUCAUUUCCUUGUUUCGAUGUCCUUUUUCGCGAUGUUUUGCGAACGUUCGCGGUGAGAUGUAUUCCGAAAAAAAGAAAAAGAAGAUAGGGAGGACUCGCGAGGGGUGGGGUUAAUUUGCGGUGUGAUCGUUUCUUUUUUUUUUUAAUGGAGUACACACGAUUCUGUGAUAUGUGUUAGGUGUAUUUUAAAAGUGCGGUAAUUUCUGAAAAGAUGCUUUAAGAUUUAUGUAAAAAGAAAAAAGAAAAAAAAGAAAAAGAAAUCCCGACCACGUCUACAACGUUUCGCCGCACUUUUACUUGUGGAGGAAUCGAAUUAUAACCUUCGCGAUAUCGAUAUUCGAAUUCGAACUCGAUGGACCAAAGUGUGAAAAAUGUGAAAUUAUCACAUUUGGCAAUACGUUGUAAACGUUCCUUUCUAUUUGCAAAAGUAGAAAUAACCGUGAACGCGUAAUUCGAUUCCCGUAUACAUCGCAUAGUUUGCGUUUUCCUUUGUCCUUUGAGAAAGAAAGAGACAGUUGCGUAUUCCGUUAAACGAAAGAAAAGAGAAAAAGAAGAGGAAGAAACAAUGGGGGGAGGGGGGGAGAGACUUUUGAUCCGGCCGAGCCUCGAGUCUUGCCAAUGUUUUUUGUUAAUAAGUUUGUAAUUUUUGUACUUAAUUAAUUUAUACGGCUAUUUAUGUACACGCGCGACGACGAGGGUCUAGCGAAGCUAGGCCGAGCCUUCCAUAAUUUUAGACGUGUUACUCUUAUUUCGUAACGUCCGUGCUCGGGAAACGAGAAGAUUGCGCGAACGUAGAGGAAUGGGGGCGAGAAGGGGAGGAAGGGUAACGGAAGCGUUCGCGGCUGGAAUCUGUCCGCUUCGAAUCUCCGGAGAUAGAGAAAAAGAGAAAAGAGAAGAAGAACAAAAACGAAAACGAAAAAAGAAAAAAAGGAAAGAAAGGAAAAAUGGUGAUUUUAUUUUGCGCAUACAUAUCAGAACGAAAGAGGGAGAAGGAGGGUGGUGUUCAUCCUCCUUCCUUUCCUAUCCUCUUGCAAUUUUGAUUUAUAUAUAUAUAUAUAUAUAUAUACACAUACACACACACAGACACACACAAAGAGAUAUAUAUGUAUACAUGAAAGAUUAUAUGUAUAUUGUAUUAUUUUGCAGGUUAGGAACGUUUCAACACUUUAAACGAUUUUAUCGAUUUGUACGGCUACCGACGAAAAAAAAAAUCUCCUCUCUUUUUUUCCUUCCGAUCCCACGCAUCCUUUUUCCAACCUUUCGAAUUACAAUUAUUCUGCAACUCUUCUACCUACUUCGUGUCGUUGUAGUAGUUGUAUACAAUAAUACGAAACUAUUUUGCUAUGAUUCUUUGUAAAACCAUCCAGUCCGUUGAUCGGCUUUUCGCGACAUAGGACGAAAUUCGCGAUUCCUCGAACACUCGUUACCGACCCGUCCGUCAUCGUAUAAUUAUUUCCAAGGCGAGGGCGAAUCCCAAUUCUGGUGUUUGGUUGGAGGCGAAUUUAAGAGAAUUAAAGAGAAGAAAGCAUCGACAAUAAGAGGAGAUCGUUACUAGACGCGUCAAUUUUUAAAUUUUCCCUUCGAGAUGAAAAUCGUGAAUAUCAUCGAGGAUAGAAAACGAAGGAAACAGUGUCGGUAACGAGUCUCCGCGAGGAUCCACACUGUAAAUUCACAUCUUCGACCGUAACAGCUUGAAACUACGUUUCUUUGCAAUAUUCGUAUGAAGAUCUACUAUUGAAUAAGUACUUGAGUCUAGUCCAUAUAUAAAGCGAAUUAAUGAUAUAUCUACUUAUGCCUAGGUUGUAAUAAUAUUCUCACGACGCAACCCUUUGCCGACAAUCUUGCUUGGUAAACGAAUUACCUCUCCACUGUACACAUGUAUCUAUACAUUAAACCCGCGUUAACAAUCCUGAACGAUCAUUCGUCGAUCCUCGAAUCGAGAUAAACGAUUUACACCGUGUCCAUCUUUAUCCGAAUCUGUCUGUCGAUGAUAUCUCGACGAACUUGCGAAUAUUUAGAGUAUUUAGAGUAUACGUUCUAUUUUAUCGAGUAGGAGGUGCGAUCAGAAAUUCUGCUUUUCUGGUAUUUUUUUCAAUUUCAAAAAAAAAAAAAAAAAGAAAAAAAAACACAACAGUCGAUUUAAAAUUUAUGCGAUUCGAGGAUUGACGCCUGGCCUUCGACCCCUUCUUAUUUGGAUAGAGUAGUGAGAAUAUUCUGACAAUUUAAGCGCACAUGUAUAUUUACUGUAUAUUUAAAGUAAGAUAUCUUCUAACAAGCAUAGAUAAGAUUUAGUCGAUAUAUAUAUAUAUAAACGAUUCUCCCCCAUAGUUAUCCACAUAGAUCAAAAUACGUACCUUAUUUUAUAGCGACCGGUAUCUGCAGACAACAUGCAAUUCAAUCGUCGUUCUAUCGGGUUUGAUCGUACAAAAUGUGGAAAUUUUUAUCGUUCCCUUAUUAUUAUAUUUCAGAUCGAAUGCGAAAGAACGUUCGAUCGCGAUCAAUAAGUAUCACCUGUGUGCCUGUUUCGAUCGAGAGGACUAUCACAGAUCAGUAUGAGACCAAUAUUUGUUGAUUUCUUACGAUGUAAAAAGGAAAAAAGAAAAAAAAAAAAUUAAGAAAAUACUAUAGCACAUAUCGAGAAGAGAAUUAAAAUAAAUAUAAAUAUAAAUAUAUAUAUAUAUACAUAUAUA